AUGAGAGAAAAACUUGAACAGAUAGAAUUUGAAAAUGAUAAAUGCAAUAUUGGCUUUCCUUUGCCAAACAAUAUUUUUGGAAAAGCAUUUCUGCUUGACAACGCUUUGUCUUUUUCUGGAGAUGAAUUGGAAAAGUUGGUUCAUGGCGAAGAGAAAAUGGUUUAUGAUAAAUUAUUGAAGGAAGAAGAAGAGAAUGAUGAUGAAGAAGAUGAGAAUGAAGAAGAAGAGAAUAAUGAUGAGGAAGAAGAAGAAGGCAAUUUACAAGGGCAGUAAUGCAUUCACAAAGGAUUCUAUUUUGGAUUUUGAAAAAAUCCCAGAAAUGGAAUAUAAAUACGAAAUUCAAAAACAGAAGAAAUUUAAA